AAUCGACCAGGUUUAUAAUAUUUUACAGUUUAUUUAACUCUUAUAGUCAGAAUUGUCUGAACAAAAUUGCCAUAUGAACAGAAGAGAGAGGUGUUACAUUAGAUAUAUGAAAAUGCAGUAUAGACACACACACGUGCACAGUUAUUACUUUUGCAAUAAUAUGCACAGCUUCUGAAAGAUUAAUAGGUUGACCUGUGAAAGAAAAGGAAGGAGUGAAAUUUUGGUCAUGCUGCUUAAACCACAAAAUGGGAAUAAAUGAGGUGGCGAACGAGCAUUCAAAGGUGUCUCACCUCUCACAGGAAUAUUGCACUCAGUUAUGUCAGCCAGUGGAAAAACAUGUUGUUCCUUUAAGUCAGACACAGCGCUGGUCUCAAGAUGAGGCUCUGAAAAGCUCAAAGGUAAAAGUGAAAUGACUCACACUCAUUUUUCCUCUGUCUAUAAUGAGCUCAGUCUAUCACCCAAUCCACUCUCCUGUCAUCUUUGAGAACUUAACAGACAAAUCACAACCCCCUGACCUCAGACAACUAUCGACUGUUUAGUGCCAUCUGGCCAACUUACAACAAUGAGGAAUUCAACAGUUGAAAUCGUGGCCUCGAGGAUCUUUAUUUCUUGCAUUGGACUUGUAGGUAAUGUAAUCCUCAUCAUGUCCAUCAUUCAGACCAAGUUCUCACGGGUGAAGUCCUUUGAGUUUUUCCUGAUUGGAUUGGCAAGUGCAAACUUGGAGGAAAUUGUCAUCAUGAACAUCUACGACAUUGUUAUUCUCGACGCUGUUUUCUCAGCAACAGGCUCUUGGUCGUGUCGUGCACUCAAGUUCCUGACUCUUUUUGGGGAAGUGUGCAGCAUCUUUUUCACUGUCCUGAUCAGCAUCUUCCGCUACCAGAAGCUGAGAGAUGCCAGUAAAAGGGUCAGUCUCCCAAUCUGCUUGGACAGUAUCAGGUCUGCCUGGAUGGUGAGUGGCAUUUGUGUGGUUCUCUCCAUUCUCUUCAGUCUCCCUGUUUUCCUCAUUAACCUGGAUGGACCUGGGGACACAGCCGCAAACAGCAGUAACUGCCCGCCAGACUUCUUUCGAUGCAGUAGAAAUGAUUGUCCCACUCUUAACCGCUCGUUCAAAUAUGGAUUCAUCAUGAUAUGCAACCUGCUGCCUCUAAUCAUCGUCACACUCACCGGCUGUCUCAUCCUCAGAGUGGUGCUGAAACAGAGGAGGAGGAGUAUAGUGGCAAACGGGAGUGGCUCUGUCCCGUCCAGUAAGAAGGGUAAAGGACCAGGGCUUCAGAGAAGUGUGAUAGCUGUACUGGCUGCUACGGGGUUGUUCCAGAUAGACUGGACUCUAUACCUGAUCUUCCAGCUUACUUUUAGUCCUGCUGACUUUCCAUUUUGGGCUGAAAUUGAGUUCUUUAUCUCUAUAUUCUACACAUCCAUUAGUCCAUAUGUGUACGGAAUAGGAAAUAACCUUUUCUCAAUCAGAAACUUUAUCAAGAAAUAAUGUUGGGCUUUCUACGAAUGGGCAGAGAAAAAAGCUUUAAUGAACAAGAAUAGCAGGAAUUUAGAGACUAGGCUUCAACAAUGAAAAGCAAUUUAGAUUAUCUUGUUGUUAUUCAGCAAUUGAACUGCAGUGGCUGUAUGAAACAUUAAAAGACUUUGUGAGCUUGAAAAACAAUGUUGUCAACAACUUUGGAAAGAGAGGGACAAGUGAGGUCAAUGUGGUUUAAUAAGUGUAAUGUAAAUUAAACCACGCCAGUUGUAAAAACUCCUUGCUUCGGUCUGACAACCACAAACUCAGAACAUCUUAGUUUUUAUUGGAUCUUAACUUCUUACUGCACUGCAAAGUCUGAAGAGUAUGAAGAGAAAUUCUGCUCCUCUCAGUCUCAGACCCAACUGUGCCAUCCUCUUCGGAGCAGAUGUGCUAUUCAUUCAACACUGAUGUGCUGAGUCAUUGGCAUCCAGCGAACUGAGCUUCACAGGAUGUCAG